AUGUUCAUUUACAUUAUGCUCAAUUACUAAUUUGAUUUUGUUUUAAUAACAGGAUGUCUAAAAAGGUCAAGCAGCUCGCUAAGGGACUAGCGAGGAGAGCCUCCAUUUUUGGGAGAAAGGAGGACUUAGUGUUCCAGGGCACUAGUUCAAGCUCGAGCAGGCGUAGAGCUUUGUUGGAGCAUGUUCCAGAGUUGCAGGGUCAGGCAGUCGGCGUACAGAGGAAUGAGGAUGAGCCUGAAGAUGAGGAAGAGACAGAGGAGUGGAGACAAGUGGAAGAUGAGGAAGAGACAGGGUGGGGUGAAUGGCCCAAUGAUGGAGGGUCGGGAGUUGGGGGAGCUAGUGGGUCAAGGGAAGGAGAAGCUGGUGUUUCAGGUGCAGGUUCUGGAAGCGGGGGAGUUGGAGGGUCUUCACGGGUCCGGAAGCCGCGGAAGACUAGUUGGGUCCCCCCUCCUAAAGAACCAGUUAACAAGGUUGAGAUAAUCCCGAGUGGAGAUGGGGCUUGGCUGGAUAGUAGUUUCACCGGCAAAGAUCGUGUAAGGCAAGUAAAUAAAGUGUUGGGCAAUAUCUGUCGUAUGAGAUGGCCUGGAUUGGUGAUUGAGAAUGGUAUUGAGGUCCCUGUCACAAGAUGGGAUCAAUACGGCCUUGCGGUUAACGCGCAACAUGGGAAUGCGCAAGGUGCAGUUUGGCACGACUUCUGGGUAUGUUUAUCUAUCUUCUUGCGAAGUUAUCAGCUCAAUGAUUGUUUCAUAUUAUGGAUUCUUGACUAUGUUUCUUUUUCAGAAAUAUUAUAA